AUGGUUCAUGAUACACUCACACUCGUUGCCCUGGCUGCGGUUUGCGCCGCGGUUGCUAGCGCCGCCGACGCAGACCUGACAGCAGCGGAAUCCAAGUACGUCCGCCGCCACGGCGGCUACAAGGGCGGC